CCCACUAGGCUCAGUUUCUUGUUGACUAUGAUCCCGCCAUGUCAGCGGCGCGUUUGUAGUUAUGAACCUUGUAAUCUCGGUGAUUCUGUUGUUGUUGGCUUUACUGCCAUCGUCACACAGUCAGAAUGACGAUCGUAUAUAUAAUUCCCCUAAUCGAUACGUGGUAACCACGAUACGUGGCCCACCUGGUCAUUCCAAAUGGAGCGAAGGCAAUGGUUCUUUCGAACCACCGGGUCAUAAUAAAUGGAGAAAUGCUGGCAGAGGGCCACCAGGUAAUCGCAAUUCUCCAGGAUUAGCAAGCAGCAAUCCUCCAGGAUUAAAUGGUAAAGGUCCUCCGGGAUGGAACCGAGGAAACAUCGAACGACCACUCGAAAAUGAGAAAUAUGAAGAAGAAUCCACUUAUAAAUCUCGUUCCGACGAAAGAAGUCCUUAUGGUCCAGAUGAUCGUACAUCCGAUUCAAACAGAAACUCACAGAAUCAAGAAUGCAGAAACAACGAGUUUCAUUGUAAGAGUAACGAGUGCUUACCGCAAAGUGUCAGAUGCGAUAAAAGAGUUGAUUGUCGCGAUGCUAGCGACGAAGCAUUUUGUGUUGCGAACAAAUUUAGAGGAAAUGGCUGUAUUUUGCCUGAACCACCCGAAAAUGGAUAUUACAAAUUGGAUGAUUGCGAUGGGUGUACUAAACGUCCUGGCGAUACAGUUCCUGCAAAAAGCAUCCUCACUUACAGUUGUAAAAGCAAUUAUUUACUGAGUGGAAACACCAUUUCGGUUUGUGUCGACAACGAAUGGUCCGAAGCAGCUUUGUGUUACAAAGUUUGCCCACCGUUAAACAGUACGAGCGUAGACAUUUCCUGCAGUUACAAGCAAGAAACAGUGUCCUGCAGUGAGCGUAUAUUGCCUGGUACACGGGCUACGCUUGCCUGUAAAUCAUCUUAUAAAUUACCUUUAACGAACGAUCCGGCUUACAGAGAGAUCACAUGUCUUGACGAUGGUUUAUGGGAUAAUCGCGUUUUUCGCUGUCUACCAGAAUGCGGGACCACCAUUGCACACGGUAACACUUUAAUCGUAAACGGAUUCGAAGCCCAAAUGGGGAAAUUUCCCUGGCACGUGGGUAUUUACGCCAAGAAAAAUACAAACGAGUACGAACAGAUAUGUGGCGGUACUCUUAUUAGUAGCAAUCUCGUCGUAUCAGCCGCUCAUUGUGUUUACGAUGAAGUCUACAAUAAAGUUAAUAAUCCACGGAAUUAUGCUGUAGCCGCCGGCAAACAUCAACGCAAUUGGAACGAGAGAGAAAAAUAUUCUCAGAAAUCGUUGGUAAGAAGUAUCCAGUUAGGCGGCAGAUACAUGGGAGCGAGAGGUAAUUUCGCUGACGACAUAGCUUUAUUAAAGCUACAAACAUCCUUCGAAUUAACUACCUUUGUGAAGCCAGCUUGUAUGGAUUGGGAUAACGAAUACGAGAGGCAACAGCUGCAUGUGGGACAAGUCGGCAAGGUGGUCGGCUGGGGCAAAGACAUUAGAGGUGAAUCUACCAGGAACUUACAGGAAAUUGACAUGCCGUUCGUGCCGUACCAACAGUGUUUGUCCGCAGUGCCUGUAGAUUUCCGAGGAUAUCUCACGUCCGACAAAUUCUGCGCCGGGCGUUUGAACGGUUCGAGUGUCUGCGAAGGAGAUAGCGGUGGUGGGUUAUGUUUUCAGAAGAAUGGUAUUUGGUACCUUCGUGGUGUCGUCAGUGUAAGUCCUGCGAAAAGAGGUACUUGCGAUUAUAACUCAUACGUUGGAUUUACUUACGUUAGUCAUUUUCGUGAUUGGAUUCGCGAGGCUUAUGUCAAUGAACAGUAAUAUUUUUGAAUUGUCGAAUGCAUAGAAUGUGGAUAUUAUUGCAUUUAAUAAUAAUAUUAGAUGAACAGAAGUGAUACAUAAAAUAAUAAAAGAACAUUACAGAUAAAAACAAUAGUAUAUAUCU